CUCCUAACGUAUCACUUGGGAAACCCGCAAGCAGAUGUGGUGGCGGAGUGAUGCAGGGACUGGACAGAGAGGCAAAUUAGCAGACACAGCACACAGGGCAGAGGCUUAAUUUUACAGAAAAGAUGGUGGGGCUGAGAAACCGCUCUACAUGGGAACCACUGCUACUCAAAGCCUCCUGCAUCAAAUCUUGUGCUAAUGGUUGCUCCAUGGGCAUCACUGCGCACCUUACCUAUGCCAAUGCUGACAUAGAGUCUGUAGAAGGUGUGUUCAUAUACCCUCUCGGUGAAAAGGAGGUUGUGGUGGGCUUUGAAGCCGUGAUCGCAGGCCGGUUGGUUGGGGUCCAGAUCCAAAGCCGAGGAAAGUUAAAGGACUGCUGUUUGGAUUGCUGCCCUGGAGUUGGUCUUGAAGGGAAUGGCCUGGAGUGGGGCUGCUGUGGGAGCCCCAGUCUAGACAUGCAAUGCACCAACGGACAUCUGAUCCUGGAUGAGGACCUGGAGAGAACCACUUUCAUCGUGGGCACCGGAGUCAUUGGCCCCAUGGAUAUAGUGUCGAUCAUCAUAAGCACGACACUAGAACUUCCCACAUUAGAAAACGGAGCCAUUCGGAUCGUCUACCCCACACUCCUUACCCCGCUUGUCACUGGGAAAAUGACUCCAAGCAAGAGUGAAAGUGGGGGGAAGUCUGAUGAAACUGGGGCGACCAGUUGUUUUGGUGCCACCUCAGGAAAACAAGAUCGGAUCGUGCACUCUCAGCAGCAGUGUGCGCACGCCAUCUUCACCAGCCCAGCUGUCAACCUGGCACCUUAUGAGCUGAACUUCCAGCUGCUGGUCAAAGGGGCCUGUCUGCUGGCUGGACUGGAGAGCCCUACUCACGCUCUGAGGGCAGAUGCAGAUCCAAGUGCCCAAAGUGCCUCUGCCACCUACAUCACCUUGGCACAGGAGCAUCCCUAUGACAGACACAUAGAGAUUAUUUUGCACCUCAGCGAACCUCACAGCCCAUUGGUCAUCUUAGAGAGAGGCAGGCUCUCCUUCAGCCAAUAUGAACAGCAAAUCUGCUCCCGUCGAGAUUUCAUCCGAUGCACCCGCAAGGAUUCAGAACCUGAAAGAAAGCUGGAGUUUGUCAGGAAGCGAUACCACAAAGACAUUCUGUGCAGCCCCGUGUUGAUGCUCAAUUUCUGCCCCGACUUGCUGCGUGAACCUCUGGAAGUGCACAAAGCCACCAGGGAGCUGCUGUUUCUCAUUGAUCGCAGUGGCAGCAUGAGUGGCGCCAACAUCCAGCGUGUGAAAGAAGCCAUGGUGGUGGCACUCAAGAGUCUACCUUCUGGCACAAUGCUCAACAUUGUGGGAUUUGGUACCACCAUCAAGCCUCUGUUCACCUCCAGCAAGCUUUGCACUGAUGUCACACUAACUCAGGCCUACGAGUACGUCCAGAGGAUGAGAGCUGACAUGCGAGGCACCAACCUGCUGGGGGCGCUCUUCUGGGUCUAUCAACAGCCCAUGCAGCGCUCGUACCCUCGCCAGGUCUUUAUUAUUACAGAUGGAUCCAUCAGCAAUGUAGCUAGAAUGCUGGAGCUAGUACGCAGAAACGCGUGUGCUGGCAGAUGCUUUGGCCUAGGCCUUGGUCCACGAGCCUGCAGGAGACUCCUGCAGGGCGUUGCCAAACUGACAGGAGGGACUACAGAGUUCUUGGAUGAUGAGGAGAGACUCCAGCCCAAGUUAAUCAAGUCCCUGAAGAAGGCCUUUGAACCUGUUCUGACUGACGUACGGAUCGACUGGUAUCUACCAGAAAACAUGGAGGCUCUUCUUACGCCCAAUGAAAUCCCUCCACUCUACCCCGGGAAUCGCCUCAUAGGAUACUGCACGCUUUACGACAUGACCAGUUUCAAAGCAAAAAAGGCAGAGGAACAGAGCUACAAAGAUUUACUUCGUGGUUCUACGGGUUCAGUUUUUGGCCAGUCGAACGAUGAGCUUUCACCUCCCCCUGCCUCUGAGCUCAUGCCUGUGGUGACAUGUGCAGAUGGCACUGAGUUGGAGGAAGCACUGAGGGAAAUUUCUAGAGAGAUCUCCUCUGAGUUCUCCUGUGCCAAAGACACAGACACAGGCACCAGUCCAGGUGUGGAGUUGGACUGGUCCAGCGAUGUGAGGAAGAGGAUCCAGGAGAGCUCUUACAUUCAGGAGCAGUACGUCCUCACUCGCUGCUCACUCAGCAGUGAACGAAGUCUACAAACGCAGUCCCACUCACACAUACAUGCCUCAAAUUCUGACGGGGCCUUUCUCUCCAGCUCUCACUGUUCUGGUCCAGUGCUCGAUACAGGGUCUCUGCCCCAAGGCCUCGAGAAGAUGCCCCCUCCAGAACAGAGAUCAUCCCUGUCUCGCUGGGCAGACUCAUCAUGGCAGCAAGACCUUUCAGGCAAAACCCCAGACAGUGGGACCAAAAAAAACGGGUGUCUGGAUGGAGCUGAGGAGUCUCGUAGGAGACAAAAAGCACUAGCACGUUCGACGAUGGCAGCGCGAAGUUUUUCGUCCCCCCAGGGUGAAUUAGAGAUGCAUCGGCUGAGAAGGGCUCUGGAGAGGGUCUCCUUUGACCAAACACUGGGAGGGAAGCUGGAAGAAAGUGACGGGGAGACAAAGCCAACACCACGAGGAACAGCAUCCCACAGAAGCCUCACCGACUCCAAUGGACUCUUGUUUCCUGCCUCCCCUCUGGACUGGGACAGCUUCACAGAUCCAGAGUAUCUCUUCACUGCUGUCCCACCUGACAGUCCUCCCCCAGGCCAGUGCCGUGCCCUUAUUCAUGGUGUCCUGGGUGGCAGGCCUGUGUCCUGGGAGGUCACUGUAGACCUGGGGCACCUCUGGACCCCUGAGAGUCAGGACAUUGAAGUAAGUGGGGUAUAUGGAAGGGGAGGUGAAGAAGGAAGAGGAGGGAAAUCGUGGCAGGAGAUCAUUCACCAACUGACUGCUCGCUCAGUUAUAAGAGACUUUGAGAAAAUGGCAGAGAAAGAGAGCGACAUUGGACAUGGCUCAGCGAAGCGAUAUCGUACAAAGGCUAUCCAGACAAGUAAGCACUGUAACAUCAUCUGUAUGUACACAGCCUUCACUACCACUGACAGCAAUCCCAACAAAGGCUUGGCUGACAUGGAUGUGCAAACCACAGGGCUACAUUUGGGAAACAGGCAGACUUUUCAGUCAGGCAUUCGUAGGCAGAGGACUUAUUCUGUAGGUCUGGGCAGACGGCACACCACUGGAGGCAGUGCAGAGGUGGAAGACACCUGGAACUCUACAGACAGAGAUGACACUCCUGCCUCACCCUGUAGUGUAACAUCCUGGGACUCUAGUGUAGGGGGCAGCUCCUACUACACUACAGCCAUGGCAACAGGCACCUCGAGCACUCGCUCACAGCGAUCUAUAGAGAGCAAGUCAAUGGAGAGCUUCUUUGGCACCAGGUUCCCCCUGGGCAGGCUCAGGUCCUCCAUUUCAUCAGGAAAGCAGGUGCCUCUCAAGUCCCACUGCUUAUCUGCCGAGACCGAGAAACAACCUGAAAGUGAAGCUCCAGACUACCUGCCCCUGGUUCGUCUGCAGCUGGCAUCAGGAGCUUUUCUUCUGACUGAGAUCUACUCUGACUGUGUCCAGAUUCCUCUGGACCGCCUUAAAAGAGCAUCGCCAUACAGUCUCCACCGCCGUAGUCUCAGCCCAGCCUUACGCUGCACAUCUCCCAGUGCUCCAUCCUUGUCCACUACUGCCAAACCUCCUGGUGCUCCCUCUGGUCACCACGUUACCUUCUCUCCUUCCGCUUGCUCCUUUGUCAGACCAGCCAUUCCACCUUUCCACCACACUCCAGAUGAUACUCCCCUAAUUUUGGAAUCGAGGCUUCGCCGAAGAUACCUCUCUGACCAAGACCCUGUCACCUCUCCCACUGACCUCCCCAGCUCUGAAGAGGGUUCUUUGGAGUUAUCCAUCAGCCCCUUUCAGAACCAGAACCUCGGCCAAGCAGACAGUGGCCGUGGGUCAGAGACAGAUAUAUAUGAAGGCGCUACACCUGAGCAAGGUUACCUCCAAGGGAGCAGCCAGUUGGCACAAGAGGAUCUGGAGGGCUCAACUUGGGCCACAGCUGUGGCCCUAGCGUGGCUAGAGCACCGGUGUGCUGGCUACUUUAUGGAGUGGGAACUGGUAGCAGCAAAAGCAGACUCAUGGCUGCGCUGUCAGAAGCUGCCCGAGGGACUGGACAUGGCAGGGCUUAAGGGAGCAGCCAGACAGCUGUUCCUGCUGCUGCGCCACUGGGAUGAGAACAUUCAGCUGAACAUGCUGUGUUAUAACCCCAAUAAUAUGUGAGACAAUCAUCUCAGAGGAAACCAAGCCAACUCUGAUUGUUAGCAUUCUCACCAUUUCCCAAUGAUAGUGACUCUAAAUGCCUUUACAUGGAAAAAUCCUGUUUUAUUAACUUAGGCAGUGCCAAGUUCAUUCUAAACUACAUGGCAUAGACCAGGGGGCCUUUUAUGAUCUGUGUGCUUUAUGCAAUCACAAAUAUGCCUUUACCAUCUGAAUGGGCUUUUUGUAGUCUAGCUUUUAGUUUGCAGCCAGUAUAAU